UAAAGACGCUUUCAACGAGCUCAACGGGCGGCCUAAGGAUACGAGCAUGGCCACUAGCUAUAUUAGGAUGUUUAUUAGCAUCACUUUUAAUUAUAAAUACUGUAAUUACUUGGCAAUUUCGAGUGAGUCAUCUUAUUAACACUACACAAGCUAAUUACAUCGACAAUGAACACCAAAUGAUAAGUCUUCAGGACAAGAAAUCUGGCUUCCUAGUUCGCAACAAAGGGUGUCGGAUAGCCGCCCUCGACCCCUUGGAUUCCUUCAGCAAACGAUUCAUGAAGGUUGAGAAGCCAAUUAAAUGUCAAUUCGGGAGUCAACUGCCUCUAAUAGAAUCCAACGAAACCCAUGUAUUCGUAAAUUCCAGUAUAGUCAAUCAGUACUACAAUGCCACAGAACUCCCGAACUGUUGCUGGCGAGAAUUCCAUCGGAAACAGAAUGACGAUGAUCAGAUAACAAUGGAAAAGAGCUGUCACCACUUCCAAACAUCCACCCGCAUUUCUGCUGAGUUCAUCCGAGUGGAAUGUUGGCGUGAUGGUACCGGAAUCUAUCGAGACUACCACUUCUUCGUACUCCACAAACCCGAAGUGGAAGUCCGCUGCAAAAUAUCCUCAAAACAAAAGCACAAAAAGUACUUUCUCCCCACCAAGCCUGUCACAACAAAUAAACUAAGCAUCCUCGUCCUCGGCCUUGACUCGAUCUCUCGCCUAAACUUCCACAGAAUGAUGCCGAAAACCGUGAAGACCCUCGAAGCGCUCUCCGCUAUUGAGAUGCUUGGCUACAAUAAAGUGGGUGACAAUACUUACCCAAACCUAGUUCCCGUUUUAACCGGACUCUCAACAACCGAGCUUCAGACUACUUGUUGGAAUGACACCAGUAAACCUUUCGAUGACUGCCCCUUCAUCUGGAAGAAUUUUAGCACUUCCGGCUAUCGCACGAUUUUUGCGGAAGACGCCUGCUCAAUGACAACCUUCAACUAUCUGAAACCUGGCUUCCAUAAACCACCAACGGACUACUACCUCCGCCCCUACUGCGUCGCCGCAGAAAACGAUAUCGGCAACACCCGGGAAUUAAAUGCCCAUUUAUGCAUUGGUGCUCGCAAGAAUUUCGAGAACCUUCUAAGUCACUCAACCAAAGUGGCGAGAACCUUUUCGAAAGAUGCAUACUUCGCAUUCUUCUGGCAGGCAAGUCUAACUCAUGAUUUUUUUAACUAUCCUCAGCUGGGGGAUGUUGCAUAUUCUAGGGUCAUUAAUCAAUUUUAUGAAGAAAGACUGAUGGAAAAUACUGCACUGAUCGUUAUGAGUGAUCAUGGAAUAAGAUGGGGAGAGUUUCGGCAGACGUAUCAAGGGAGAAUGGAGGGGAGCCUACCAUUUGUGUUCUUAGUAUUGCCGAAAUGGUGGAGGGAGAGAUAUCCCAUUGCUUUUGCAAAUCUGCGAAGGAACACUGGAAGUUUAACAACUCCGUUUGAUCUUUAUGAAACCCUUGGAGAUCUUUUGAAACUCGAAAUGAUUGAGGAGGAGCAGAUAAGAGAAAGGACGAGAAUGAUGAACGCAUUCGAGGAUAAAAAGUUUCUGCCUAGAGGCAUCAGCUGGUUUUUGCCCAUUCCUGGGCACAGAACAUGUGAUCUAGCAGGGAUUCCCGGACACUGGUGUAUGUGUCAUGCUUCCAGUGAUAUUGAGUUUCAUCACGAGUUAGUGAGAAAUAGUACUGUUUUCCUCAUUGAGGAAUUAAACUCAAUGCUCAAGAAAUAUCCUCAGUGUGCUGAGCUCAAAAUGAAAAAAGUGAUGAAUGCUAAAAUAUGGAAGCAGGCGGAGGACGCAAAUUCUCCUUGGGCGGAUUUUACGAUGACCAUUGAGACUUUACCGGGAAAUGCAAUUUUUGAAGCUUCGAUCAGACAUGGAAUAGAUGGCACUAAUAAACUCGUGGGGUCCAUCAGCCGGCUCAAUGCUUAUGGGACACAAAGUGCUUGCGUGAAUGACUUCAAUAUGAGGCUCUAUUGCUACUGCCAGUGA